AUGGUCGCAAGAAAGAUGGAUGUCCUGGUCUACUCAGGCAAUGGGAGUACAAUUGAAUCCGUCCGCCACUGUCUUUAUACGUUACGGCGUUUGCUAUCGCCAAGUUACGCAGUGAUUCCUGUUAGUGAUAAUAUCAUUCUCAAAGAGCCUUGGACCGCUUCUUGUGCUCUUCUUGUAUUCCCAGGGGGUGCAGAUCAAGGAUACUGCCGUUCCCUCAAUGGAGAAGGCAAUAGACGUAUCUCACAGUAUGUGCGUAGAGGUGGUGCCUAUCUUGGAUUUUGUGCUGGAGGCUACUAUGGUACCUCAAGAUGUGAGUUCGAGGUCGGCAAUAAACAGCUAGAGGUUGUUGCGCCACGUGAACUACAAUUCUAUCCAGGUACCUGUAGAGGAUGUGCUUACAAAGGGUUUGUGUACCACAGUGAAGCGGGUGCAAAGGCUGCAGAGGUCAAGAUUGAGGGCUCGCUUCAAAGUGGAAAUACCUCUCAAAGUUUUAAAUCAUAUUACAAUGGCGGGGGUGUUUUCGUCGAUGCAGGUAAAUUCAAAGAUCAGGGGGUGGAGACACUUGCUACCUAUGUGCAUCCUGUUGAUGUCGAUGGCGGAGAAGAUCCCGCAGCGGUCGUCUAUUGCAAAGUCGGUGAAGGCGGGGCAAUAUUGACUGGGCCGCAUCCAGAAUUUGCUGCCGUGAAUCUGGACCCCACAAUAAAGAUUCCUGGAUACUCGGACCUUGUGAAAGAUUUGGCCGCCGAUGACGACUCGCGAACAAGAUUCUUGAAAGGAUGUCUAUCAAAAUUGGGGUUGACUGUGAGCGAAGAAACUUCCACGGUGCCGUCUCUAUCUCGCCUCCAUCUUUCAUCUGUUCAUCCGCCUUUUGUUCCAGAGUUGCUGGCUUCAUUGGAAGAAAUCAUCGAAAAAGAGAAUGGUGAAGAGAUCAUCAAGGGCGAAAACGAUACCCUUCACCUUGAGAAACCAGAGAGUGGCUGGUCAGUUCAAUCUUUAGUAAAGUCGCUUUCUGAUGCAGUCGUUCCUACAUCAGAAGAAAAGCACACUGUUGAGUCAGCUGGAGCAGAUGAUGGGAUCAUUGAUUACAAUGCUAUUCCCAAACGAGUCAUUCUCCAUGAGACGGAAUGGCCAGGCACAAAGGAAACACCAUAUUUCAAUCACCAUGCAUUUUACUCCAAUUUGCGACUCUAUCAGCAAGAAAAAUCCAGCGAGGCCGAAGAAUUUGGAAAUACGCUUCUAUAUGGAGAGGUGGUUACUAGUACCAACACGAUGUUGGAAAAGAACUCGAAGCUUCUUUCUAGGCUUCCUACAGGUUUCACUUUUACAGCUACAACACAAGUUGCCGGACGUGGCCGUGGUUCCAAUGUUUGGGUUUCUCCUCUAGGGUGCUUGAUCUGGUCUGUUUGCAUGAAACAUCCCAUGGAACUUGGACACAAAGCGCCAGUUGUCUUCGUACAGUAUCUAGCAGCAAUAGCUAUUGUUGAAGCCAUUCAUUCAUAUGAUAAAGGCUAUGACACAGUACCAAUUAAACUCAAGUGGCCCAACGAUAUCUAUGUCCAAGAUCCAUCUAAACCCGGAAAAAAGGAAUAUGUCAAAGUUGGGGGCAUUCUAGUUAAUUCUUCAUAUUCAUCUGGAAACUAUGAUCUGGUCGUAGGUAUAGGUCUCAAUACCACAAACGCAGCGCCAACAACAUCACUUAACGCUCUCUUACCAUCACAUCUCACACCUUUCUCUCUCGAAAAACUUCUUGCUCGCUUCCUCACGAAAUUUGAAACCAUCUAUAAAACCUUCUGUAGAAAUGGCUUUGAUAAAAAACUGGAGGAAGUGUAUUAUAGACACUGGUUGCAUACGGAUCAAAUAGUUACCUUGGAGACAGAAGGUGGUGCAAGGGCUAUCAUUAGGGGUAUCACUACGGAUUGGGGAUUGUUACGUGCGGAAGAAUUGGGCUGGGAAGAUAGACCUACAGGAAAGGUUUGGGAGUUGCAGAGUGAUAGCAAUAGCUUUGAUUUCUUGAAGGGGCUGUUGAAACGAAAGGCUUAA